UUUGCAUUCAAGUCUCAAGAAUCAGUAGAAAAGCUACUUCUAAGGUCAUCAAACGUUAUACGGGCGCGUUGGAUUGUUAAAACUUGUGUGCUUCCGUGUUUUCGUGUGUUUUUCGUGUGCGUGCUGUGCAGUGAUGUGCUUUUGUGUGUUCCGAUGAAAAUGUGGGAAAACAUGAUCUGUCUGAAGUCUGUACGGAAAAAGUGUGGUGUUUAGGAGACCAUGUCAAGUUGCUCCGGGCCGGGCAUAUGCGGUGGGGCGCGGCGCCGCCCCCCGCCCCCGCCGGAGCCCCUCACAGCGGACCUCAGCGAGCUCAGCCUAGACCAGGGUUACCACACGCUAGCUGACUGCGGCCCGCCGCGCCGGAGACGAGACAACAGCCUGAGUGAUGCGCUGUGGAUCAAGAUACUGUCGUAUUUGGAGGUAUCAGACCUAUGUCGCAUGUCGCGCGUCUGUCGUCGCUGGUCGCGGUUCGUGUCGCGUCUCGUCGCCCGUCCGGAGCCGUGGCGGCGCGUCCGCUCCGCCGGACCGUUGGACGUCGCGGCACGAUGCGCGCACGCACGAGCGGGGCCCUUCGUCAGCGCGGUACGAGAGUGGCGGACUAAGGCCAGCCCGGUGACAUUAGCCGGAGCACAGCUACUAGCGGCGACCUUCCGCAACAUAACGCACCUGGCACUCACCGGGUGCAGCGCGUUGGACUCCCGAGCCCUCGCGCCCCUAGUCACAGACCUGGUCGACAUACGACAUAUAGACUUAACUGGGUGUUCCAGCGUGGACUGGCCGGAGUGGUCGAUGUUGGAAGGUCGGCUGGCGUCACGGAAGCCGCCGGUGGAGUACAUCGACCUGACCGACUGUGCAGCCGUCACCGACGCCGGGCUGUGCUCCCUGCUGCACACCUGCCCCGCCCUCCAGUACCUCUACCUGAGGAGGUGUACUCUAGUCACAGAUGCGGGUGUAAGAUGGAUACCGUCGUACUGCGCGCUCAAGGAGCUCAGCGUGUCCGACUGCACCGGCGUCACCGACUUUGGUCUGUACGAGCUGGCCAAACUCGGACCAGCCCUACGAUACCUGUCCGUCGCUAAGUGUUCACAGGUGUCAGACUCGGGUAUCAGCACGCUGGCGCGGCGGUGCUACAAGCUGCGGUACCUCAACGCUCGCGGCUGCGGCGCGGUCGGCGACGACGGCGCGGAGGCGGUCGCGCGCGGCUGCUCGCGACUCCGCGCGCUCGACCUAGGUGCUACUGAUGUGUCGGAGACUGGCUUACAGAUUCUAGCCAGAUGCUGUCCCAAUUUGAAGAAGUUGGCCUUGCGGGGGUGCGAGCUGAUUGGCGACGAUGGCCUUGAAGCCGUGGCCUACUACUGUCGAGGCCUCACUCAGCUCAACAUACAGGAUACUCCAGUGACGGUCAGAGGGUAUAGAGCCGUGAAGAAGUACUGCAAGAGAUGCGUCAUAGAGCAUACGAACCCUGGAUUUUGCUAGACAGAGAUGAUAAGAUUGGAUUUCUAUAGAAGCGAGUGUAGCGGAAGAUGGAGGGAAAAGAGUCCUUCCAGAGUGAGUGAGACAGAAGAUUUUAAAAGCGGAAAGAUGGCUCCAGAUCAAAUUUUAUUGGACAAUAAAGAGUAGAUUUUGAGGUGCAUAUUAUUAGUUAAGUUAUAUUUUAUACACAUUAACGAACAUUCUGUAUAUUUUAACAAAUAUUUGAAAAUAAUCAUACAACUUAGACAUACAAAGAAAAUCUCUAAACACAAGGACAUAAUAUUAUACUAUAAAGGUCGGAGGUGAAAGGGCAAGAUGUCUUCGCUGUGACGUUUUUGGAGAGCUCUUUGUAUGAUAUAAUAUGAUUAUUUGACGUUUUGUUUCACAUGUGUACACCUUUAUGGCGCCUUAGAGGCGCUUUGUAAAUAUUAUAUUAUGUUGUACAGAUUUGGACAAGGUGUUUAUAUU